AUGGCAGACCUGGGCUGCAAAAAGCCCAGUGACUGCACUGUCUCCAGGCUACUCAGCGUAGUGGAGAGCGAACUCCGGGCUGGGAGAGACAAAGGCGACCCCACUGAGAAGCAGCUCCAGGUUGUCUUAGAGGAUGCUACGCUCUGGCAGAGAUUCAGGGAAGUCACCAAUGAGAUGAUCGUGACCAAGAACGGCAGGCGGAUGUUCCCUGUUUUGAAGAUCAGUGUGUCAGGCUUGGACCCAAAUGCCAUGUAUUCCUUCCUGUUGGACUUUGCCCCGACUGAUGGCCACCGCUGGAAGUACGUCAAUGGAGAAUGGGUGCCAGCUGGGAAGCCAGAGCCACCAAACCACAGCUGUGUCUACAUCCACCCGGAUUCCCCCAACUUUGGGGCCCACUGGAUGAAAGCUGCCAUUUCCUUCAGCAAAGUCAAACUUACCAACAAGCUCAAUGGGAGUGGGCAGAUAAUGUUGAACUCUCUGCACAAAUACGAGCCCCAGGUACAUAUAGUUCGUGUAGGAGGCCCCCACCGGAUGGUGAUGAACUGUUCCUUCCCUGAGACUCAGUUCAUAGCUGUGACUGCCUAUCAAAACGAAGAGAUAACUGCUCUCAAAAUCAAGUAUAAUCCCUUUGCCAAAGCCUUCCUGGAUGCGAAAGAAAGAAACCAUCCCAAGGAUGCUCCAGAAACAGCCUCUGAAGGUCAACAUAUGACAUAUUCUCCCUUGGGUGGCUGGUUGAUUUCCAACCCAGAUACAAUGUGUGCAUCAGGAAGCUCUAAUUAUCAGUACACUGGACCUUUGCCUCUACCAGCUCCGCACGCUCCCCAUGGCUGUGAGCGAUAUUCAGCACUGCGAGGUCAUCGGGCUGCUCCAUACCCACCUUCCUACAUGCAAAGAAAUCAUUCACCUACAGUGAAUUUAUUGGAAAGCUCCAGCAAUAAUCUUCAGGUAUUCUCAGGACAUGACAGCUGGACUUUGCCAUCCUCUCCACAUGCUAAUUUGCUCUCAGUGCCACACACCAAGGGAGCUGCCAGCCCAGGGCCCAGCCACUACCCUUGUCUGUGGACAGUGAGCAACAGUGCUGUAAAUGUCACCAAUCCAGGAAGUGAGGUGAACAGCAGCACUUCAAGCAUGUUUCUGAGGGGUAAUGUCCCCUUACCUACUGCAUCUCCAUCAGUCCAAAUCCCUGUGCAGGGAACUGUGUCUGGCAGCAUGGAAGCACAAGGGGAAACCACACUAGCCAGGCUAGCCGACUCUGCGUGGACAUCCUCACACUCCUUUUAAUGGACAAGCAGCUCACACGGAAGGCUCAGACCAACAAGAGUGACACAAAUGGCGAAGGAUCCCCUGGAAAUGCAGCUCAGAACAGGGAUGUGUAUGCAGAAAACUCUUCACCAAGCAUCGCUGCAUAAUGUACCUCUUGCGUGCCAGAGAAACCAAAAUGCAUAAUGCAAGGCAAGAAAUGUUAAAGGAACUGGCUUAUUACUGUAACCUUCCUGCAUCCUUGAGGAUGAUGUCCAGAAAGAAUCUUUAUAGUUGGCUUUGCUUCUUUAUCACAUCAAAACAAUCAGAGACACGGGACUGAGUGAAGCAGACAUGGUGGUUAGAUAUUUGCAUGUGGUUUUGGAAGAGUCCUUUCUGUAACUAGACCAAAUCCAAGGAAAUUGUGAGCAAGUUUGCAACCGGUAAUCUGAAGAGACAGCACUGCUUUAAAGACUUUCUGAAUUUGUCAUAUGAGGGUUUCUGUAAUACCUGAAACUAAGCUCUUCAGGGGAUGUGAUCUGUCUGACACCCUAAUGCCACCUGCAUACAGUAUUCUCUUUACCUUCUCCAGCUCCUGUGCUCUUUCUGUGCUAUAGGGAUAAUGGACACAUUCAAGCUGAGAAAGUGGCUGCAUUGUAGCGGCAGGUGAAGGGCAUCUGGUUUAGUGUUUAUAGUCUGAUGUGAAAUGAAA